CUGUGUGCAGGGCGGUCGCGGAGCCGGAGGAGCCGCUGCUAAGUGUUUGGACUCGGUCGACACCGCGGUGCUUGCUCCUCGCCCCAGCCGCCGCCGAGGGAGCGGCCGCCUAUUGUCCUUCGCCGCCGCCAAGGCGCGGAGCUGCUCCGGCUCGGCCCGCGGGGGAGCCCGGGGAGCCGCACGUGUCCUGGGUCAUGAAACUUAGUCCACAGCAAGCUCCAUUAUAUGGCGAUUGUGUUGUUACAGUACUGCUUGCUGAAGAGGACAAAGUUGAAGAUGAUGCUAUUUUUUACUUGAUAUUUUCCGGUUCUACCCUCUAUCACUGCACAAGUACGCGGAAGGUCAGUUCUGAUACAUUGGAAACAAUUGCUCCUGGUCAUGACUGCUGCGAGACAGUGAAAGUGCUGCUCUGUGCCUCCAAAGAGGGCCUGCCUGUGUUUGUAGUAGCUGAAGAAGACUUCCAUUUCGUCCAGGAUGAGGCGUACGAUGCAGCUCAGUUCCUGGCAACCAGUGCAGGAAAUCAGCAGGCUCUCAACUUUACUCGUUUCCUGGACCGAUCAGGACCCCCUUCUGGAGAUGUCAAUUCUCUCGAUGAGAGGGUUGCACUGGCAUUCAGACACCUGAAACUGCCCGCAGAGUGGAAUGUGUUAGGGACAGAUCACACCCUGCAUGAUGGUGGCCCCCGGGAAACAUUGAUGCAUUUUGCUGUGCGGCUGGGACUGUUGCGGUUGACAUGGUUCCUGUUACAGAAGCCAGGUGGCCGUGGAGCUCUCAGCAUCCACAACAAGGAAGGGGCAACGCCUGUAAGCCUGGCAUUGGAGCGAGGUUAUCACAAGCUCCACCAGCUUCUGACUGAGGAAAAUGCUGGUGAACCAGAUUCCUGGAGCAGUUUAUCCUAUGAAAUCCCUUAUGGAGACUGUUCAGUGAGACACCAUCGAGAAUUGGAUGUCUACACGUUGACAUCUGAAUCUGGAUCACAUCAUGAACCCCAUGGAGAUAGCUGUACUGGACAUAUUUUUAAACUGAUGAAUAUCCAACAGCAGCUAAUGAAAACAAACUUGAAGCAGAUGGACAAUCUUAUGCCCUUAAUGGUGACAGCACAGAAUUCUUCUAAUGUGCCCGGUACCCCAGAGACAGACAGCCAGUUCCUUUCCUGUGCACCAGAGCCUUCUGACCAGCAGCCGCUUUCUUCUGAAGAAACCAGCAGCGCUCCGUGUUGCCAAGGGAGUCCUGAGGGGAAGGCUGCAAGUUCCUGUGAUUUGUCAAGUGUGGCUGAGGAAGAAAAUGCUGUCUGUGCUCAUAAGAAAAAUAAAGAUGUGGAGAGGAAAGGGGAAGAGGAGGAGCCAGCAUCUGCCAUGGACUCUGGGUCUUCAUCUCAUCAAGACAGCUGCCUUCAGAGCACACCUGACUGUGGAGUAAAGGGCACAGAAGGCCUUCCAUCCUGUGGACACAGAACCGAAGUAACUGGAACAAAAUAUUCUGUAGUGGCCACAGGUCAGCAGUCCCUGAGCAACAGUGGCAAUGUGCUGCAGGAAGUCAUGGUGACAGAGCCAGGGUCAUGCCAGCAUUCUUCUGGAAGGGAGCUACUCGACAGUUCUUCAACAGUUGCUGGUGCCCCAGAGAAUGCAGGAGAACUGAAACAUAGCUUACUGAACCCAAACGGUACCAUCCAGAAGAAUAAGCAUGAAGUAGGGGAAGUCACAGAGGAAAGAUUGGAGAAUUCUGAUGUCAGCACAGCCGAGGCAUCUGGCGUUGAAGCUUUACAUGAGCCUGUGGAGAAAGCCAGUGUUGCAAACCGUGCCGUUGCCUCCAGUGCCCUGGGUGCCAACAUGCCUGCUGAGUCUUCGCCUGCCUUAAGUCCUGGAGAAAUCCCCCCUGAGAGAACAGGAAAGGAAACACAGGAGAGAAGGUGUAAGGAGAGAACCGAUGCUCUCAGUGAGCAGAGCUCUCUGGUGUCUCCACCUGCUGCAGAAGACACGACUUUGGGUGGGCGAGCACCUGAUACUCCCCUAGCAGAGCUGUGCGAGACACCAUCACCAUUGGUGUUAACCUGUUCUGGGCCAAAACCAGAUGGGAUGCCAAACCAGAAAUCAGAAUCUAAUUCAUGCCAUGCUCCAAGCCCAAACAGCCAGGCACUGCUUUGUUCUACGGGUGGGGCUGGCAUAUCUUGUGCCCAGUCUUCGUGUCAGCAAAACACAGUGACUCCUAGUGGUGAGCUGGUUGUCCAGCACUGCUGUGGUAAGCUCAGCCUGCCAGAAAGCACAGGAACCCAGCCAAACGCGCAGAGUCCCUGCACCACCCUCUGCCCAGAAGACCCACAAGCUGACACAGUCACUUGUGACACUGUGAAAAGUACCCAGGAGUCUGUGGGGACUUGUCCGCUCCGUGUUUUAGAUGCGGAGAGCCAGGGAAAAGAUGUAAGACAAGCUACAACCUUAAAUAAGCUCGAGGAUGUUUCUCAUUUGCCUUCAGUUGUCCCCCAGACCGAAAAAGAACCAGUGCCAGACCAGGUAUCGCCACCAGGCAGCAGUCCAGAGAGUGAAUCAGUAACCAAAGAUGACGCACUUUCUCUUGUCCCCUCCCAGAGAGAAAAGGGAACAGCAGCUCCUCAGCUCCAUAGUGCUACAGCUUGUGGAGAGGUCCCAGAUGGAGGAGACUCGAGUGAUCCCGGUAAGCUAGGUGACGGGGCCACUGGCCUGUGUACACCCUCUGCCGUAGAGCUCCAGCCCAGCAUGGGGAACACCAGCCCUGUAGGCCUUGCUGGAGAGCAGGAGGGCCCCGGGCCAACAGCAACACCUGAAGUUCUGAGCGAUGAUUCACUACAAAGUGUGGAUAAAGCUGCUUUGGUCUCUGAGUCUCUACUUCCUGAAGAAGGUGGCAGUCUGGUGGUUCCAGAAAACUCAGCAGCUCUGGGGCAAGAUGACAAGGACGAAGCAAGGAGGUGUUCUUCCGUUAAAGAAGACAGGAAUUGUUCAGAGAUGUCGAGGGAAAACCAGAUAACAACACCGACUGGACAGGAGAUACCGAGAUUUUGUGAACAACCAAUGUCAGCUGGGGAGAAAGCACUGCAGCCCAGUAACUCACCAGGCACACCCUCUGCCGGGCUGAAAACAGAAAGUAAGCAUAACAAGGAAGUGGCCACACAGGUCUCCCCGCUGACUGAAGGUGGGGCUGUAAAGAGCCUGGUGCCACCAAAAGCAAGCCUGACUGCAGGUUCAAAGCAGAAAGUCUCGGAUGCAGAGCAGAGUGGCUCAUCUCGGUUGCCGAGUUUGCCGCCAGAUGCAUCUGAGGCCCUUCAGCCUUCUGCUCUGGAUGCUAGUGUGAGUGCUCAGAUCCAUGGGGAAACGAAUGCUUGUGUGGUGAGCAGAAAUGUCAUGGAGGAUGGCCCAGCACCUAAUGCUUUAUCAGCUGUUGCUGAGCCCAGAAGGAAGGAUACAUCACACUGUGUCAAAGACAGUCCAGUUUCAGAGUUGUUCAAUGAAGAGAAGAAAAUGACUCCAAGUUUGCCAGAAGCUUUUCUGGACGAAGGUGUCACUGGCUCACAGGAAGUCAUAGCCCCAGAGAUAGUGCCACUUGAUUGCAAGAGAGAGAAACUGGAAGGAACAGACCUCAGCCGUGCUAUGAGUAACUCCAAAGAGGCCCCAAACGAUGAAGAAGCAAUGCAGCCUCUUGCCUUGGACCUCCCCACAGAGAUAGGACUCUCAACUCUCAUUGACAGUGUCCUCCAAGCUGGCAUGAAGCAAGUCACACAGACCUCAGUCCAGGAAGAGGAAAGUAAUGCCACCUCUCUACUUGGAAUCCAAGCUGCAUGUGUACCUAAGGGAGCAGAUCCCAUAGAGGAGACCGCCACUCGUAUAGUAGAGGCCGUCAUCAAGCAAGUCAAGGCCUCCAGCACACUGUUGACUAAGGGAGAAACCAGUAGUCCAUCACUGGCCGUCCCGGAGACUAAGCAGCCACAGCAUGUUUGUACAGAGAGUGCGUGUACUUUCCUUCCUGGGGAGACCCUGCACACGGAUAAUACUCAUGAAGAAAUCACCGGGAACUGUGUUGUUGAAACAGAGGAACCAGAGAAGAUUGUUCCACCUGUGGACAAGCCUGAGCCAGCACCAGAAAUGCCAGACACUAAAGCUGAAGAUGAAGUGGAUUUUCUGAAUAAAACCAGAGCUCCUCCUGAGCAGGAGGUUGUAGGAAAUGGAACUACCACACCCAAGAUGAAGCAAGGCCCUGGACCCCAAGCGAUCAACAGAGAAAGCUGGUGUGCCAUAGAGCCAUGCCCUGAAGCAGCAUCUCUUUUGGCUUCCAAACAGAGCUCAGAAUGCGAAAGCUUCCUAGAUGUUGGACUGGGCACAGAGUGUGCCUCAAAAGAAGGCGUGCUUCAGAGAACGGGGAGUGAUCCUGACCUCUUCCACUCCCCCACUGACGAGAUGGACAGCAUCGUCUUCUCCAAGCCUGAAGAAGAGCAGUUGCUUUGUGACAGCACAGGAUCCAGUUCCUCUACAGAUGACGCAGCUUCCCUGGAUCGGCACUCUUCUCAUGGCAGCGAUGUGUCCCUUCCUCAGACUUCAAAGUUGAAUAGGUCCAGGAAUCAUCAGGGCUCAAAUGGCUUUUCCAGCCAUGGCGUGGGACCUGAGCGUCGAGAGAGCGAGAGUGAGCCUGCUGGCUCUGGUGAGAUGGAGGAGGAAGAAAUGGACAGCAUCACUGAGGUGCCUGCAAAUCGCUCUUUCCUGCGGAGCUCCAUGCGCUCUCUUUCCCCCUUCCGGAGACAUAGCUGGGGUCCUGGGAAGAAUGCAGCCAGUGAUGCAGAAAUGAACCAGCGGAGUUCAAUGCAAGUUCUUGGGGAUGUUGUCAGGAGACCUCCCAUUCAUAGGAGAAGUAUGAGCUGGUGUCCCUCUGGUGUGCAAUACUCGGCUGCCCUGAAUGCUGACUUUAAUUUCAGAAGUUUCAGUCUGGAAGGCUUGACAGGAGGAGCUGGUGUUGGAAAUAAACCAUCUUCAUCUCUAGAAAUGAGCUCUGCAAACUCCAGUGAGCUCAGAAACCCUUUCUGUGGCGAGGAACAGAGAGACUCUCUGAUGUCACUUUCAGAAGAACAUCUGGAGCCAAACCAGAGACAGCAUCAUAGGAUGUUUGAUCAGCAGACAUGUCACAGGUCUAAACAACAGGGAUUUAAUUAUUGUACAUCAGCCAUUUCUUCUCCAUUGACAAAAUCCAUCUCAUUAAUGACAAUUAGUCAUCCUGGAUUGGACAAUUCACGGUCUUUCCACAGUACCAGUGCUAACCUGACGGAGAGUAUAACAGAAGAAAAUUAUUUCCUGCCACCGAGCCCCUCAAAAAAGGAUUUUGAAGGGAAGAGUGGAACAAAAGUUAGUCGCACCUUCAGCUACAUCAAGAAUAAAAUGUCCAGCAGCAAGAAGAGCAAAGAAAAGGAAAGGGAGAAAGAUAAAAUUAAGGAGAAAGAGAAAGAAUCUAAAGAGAAGGAAAAAGAUAAGAAGACUCUUAACGGACACACUUUCAGUUCCAUUCCUGUUGUGGGUCCCAUCAGCUGCAGCCAGUGCAUGAAGCCUUUCACCAACAAAGAAGCCUACACUUGUGCAAGUUGUAGUGCUUUUGUCCACAAAGGCUGCAGAGAAAAUCUAGCAUCCUGUGCAAAGGUCAAAAUGAAGCAGCCCAAAGGGAGCCUCCAGGCACAUGACACAUCGUCACUGCCCACAGUCAUCAUGAGAAACAAAUCUUCACAGCCCAAGGAGCGCCCUAGGUCUGCAGUCCUCUUGCCUGAAGAGGCCACUGCUGUACCAAUGUUUACUAACAGGCGGUCCCAGCAGUGUGUCUCCCUCUCUAAAAGUGUUUCCAUACAGAACAUCACUGGAGUUGGCAAUGAUGAGAACAUGUCAAACACCUGGAAAUUUCUGUCUCAUUCAACAGACUCACUGAAUAAAAUCUGCAAGGUCAAUGAGUCAACAGAAUCACUUACUGAUGAGGGAGUAGGUACAGACAUGAAUGAAGGACAGCUGAUGGGAGACUUUGAAAGUGACUCUAAACAGCUAGAAGCAGAGUCCUGGAGCCGCAUAGUAGACAGCAAGUUCCUUAAACAGCAGAAGAAAGACGUGGUCAAGCGGCAGGAGGUGAUUUACGAGUUGAUGCAGACAGAGUUACAUCACAUCCGCACGCUCAAGAUCAUGAGUGAUGUGUACAGCCGGGGCAUGAUGACAGAUCUGCUCUUUGAGCAGCAGAUGGUGGAAAAGCUGUUCCCUUGUUUGGAUGAACUGAUCAAUAUCCACAGCCAGUUCUUUCAGAGAAUCCUGGAGCGGAAGAAGGAGUCUCUGGUAGAGAAAAGUGAAAGGAACUUUCUUGUCAAGAGGAUAGGGGAUGUGCUUGUCAAUCAGUUUUCAGGUGAGAAUGCAGAGCGCUUAAAGAAGACUUAUGGCAAGUUCUGUGGGCAGCACAACCAGUCUGUCAACUACUUCAAAGACCUCUACACAAAGGAUAAGCGCUUCCAAGCCUUUGUGAAGAAGAAGAUGAGCAGUUCAGUAGUGAGAAGGCUUGGGAUUCCAGAGUGCAUUUUACUUGUAACUCAGAGGAUCACCAAGUACCCAGUUUUAUUCCAGAGGAUACUGCAAUGUACCAAAGACAAUGAAGUGGAGCAGGAAGACCUGGCCCAGUCCUUGAGCCUGGUGAAGGAUGUGAUUGGAGCCGUGGACAGCAAAGUAGCAAGUUAUGAGAAGAAAGUCCGUCUCGGUGAGAUUUACACGAAGACCGAUAGCAAGUCGAUCAUGAGAAUGAAGAGUGGGCAGAUGUUCGCCAAGGAGGAUCUGAAACGGAAGAAGCUGGUGCGGGAUGGGAGUGUGUUUCUGAAAAGCGCAACAGGGCGGCUGAAAGAGGUUCAAGCGGUUCUCCUCACUGACAUUUUAGUUUUCCUUCAAGAAAAAGACCAGAAAUACGUGUUUGCAUCCUUGGACCAUAAGUCAACUGUGAUCUCCUUAAAGAAGUUGAUUGUAAGAGAAGUGGCGCAUGAGGAGAAAGGUCUGUUCCUCAUCAGCAUGGGAGUGAAAGAUCCAGAGAUGGUGGAGGUCCACGCCAGCUCCAAAGAGGAGCGGAAUAGCUGGAUUCAUAUCAUUCAGGAUACAAUCAACUCCCUGAACAGAGAUGAAGAUGAAGGCAUUCCUAGUGAGAAUGAAGAAGAAAAGAAAUUGUUGGAUACCAGAGCCCGAGAGUUAAAAGAACAACUUCAACAGAAGGACCAGCAGAUCCUCCUCUUGCUGGAAGAGAAGGAGAUGAUUUUCCGGGAUAUGACUGAAUGCAGCACUCCCUUGCCUGAGGAUUGCUCCCCAGCACACAGCCCGAGAGGCCUCUUCCGCUCCAACACAGAGGAAGCUCUCAAAGGAGGACCACUGAUGAAAAGUGCAAUAAGUGAAGUGGAAAUCCUCCAGGGUUUGGUGAGUGGAAGUCUCGGCGGCACACUUGGACCGUCCAUCAGCAGCCCUGUUGAGCAGGAAGUCAUGGCUGGCCCCGUCUCCUUGCCCCGGAGAGCAGAGACCUUUGGAGGAUUUGACUGUCAUCAGAUGAGUGCUUCCAAAGGAGGUGAGAAAGAAGAGGGUGAUGAUGGCCAGGAUCUUAGGAGAACAGAAUCAGACAGUGGUCUGAAAAAGGGUGGAAAUGCUAAUCUGGUAUUUAUGCUUAAAAGAAACAGUGAGCAGGUGGUCCAGAGCAUCGUUCACCUCCACGAACUCCUCAGCAUGCUGCAGGGAGUUGUGCUACAACAAGAUAGCUACAUCGAGGACCAGAAGCUGGUGCUGAGCGAGAAGGUACUCACGAGGAGUGCGUCCCGCCCCAGCUCUCUCAUUGAGCAGGAGAAGCAGAGGAGCCUGGAGAAGCAGCGCCAGGACCUCGCCAACCUGCAGAAGCAGCAGGCACAGCACCUGGAGGAAAAGCGCCGGCGUGAGCGGGAGUGGGAGGCCCGGGAGCAGGAGCUGAGAGACCGGGAGGCCAAGCUGGCAGAACGGGAGGAGGCAGUCCGCCGUAGGCAGCAGGACCUGGAGAGGGACCGCGAAGAGCUCCAGCAGAAGAAGGGUACUUACCAGUGUGAUCUGGAGAGACUACGGGCUGCCCAGAAACAGCUGGAAAGAGAACAGGAGCAACUGAAGCGGGAUGCAGAGCGGCUCAGCCAGAGACAGAUGGAUCAGGACUUCUGCCAGGUUUCAAAUAAACAUGGCAGACUGAUGCGAGUCCCAUCCUUCUUGCCCAAUCCGGAGGAGUCCUCCUUGCCAUCUGCACCUUCCAUCACCAAGUCAGGGUCAUUGGACUCAGAACUUUCAGUGUCUCCUAAAAGGAACAGCAUCUCUCGGACACACAAAGAUAAGGGGCCUUUUCAUAUACUGACUUCAACGAGUCAGACAAAAAUACCAGAGGGGCAAAGCCAGGCCCCAUCCAGCACCUCCACUUCCACCCGCCUUUUUGGGUUAGCUAAGCCAAAAGAAAAGAAGGAGAAGAAAAAGAAGAGCAAAGGAAGCCGCUCUCAGCCUGGUGAUGGUCCUGCUUCGGAAGUAUCAGCAGAGGGUGAAGAGAUCUUCUGUUGACCCAUUUCGUCUGCCAGGGCAGCCACCCUCCAACCCUGAUACUGUGGCGGCUCUCCUGCUGCCUCAUGUGCAAGUCUCCUACACUGGACGCCCACUGCCCCUCAGCGUCCAGUCCUCCUGAGCUGUCCCAGGUCCUGGACAAGAAAGAGCAACACCUGAGUGUCAGGGUGGGGAAGGAUACGCAGACUCCACUUGGGCCAUGAUCCGUGACUGCCCAGGACUUGGGUGGGCCUGGCCUUACUCAGGGUAUUACACUGAACAUAGUGACCCUAGAUAUAGGUGAUAGUUUGACACGUGUCAGGGUUCCCUAGAGGCUCAAAGGGGUUUUCCAAAUGAGGUCUGACACCCUGCCUUGUAUGUGGGGAACGUAACCAGAAUCAAAGAGCAGGUAGUGCAGACUUCAUCUAUGGACAAUGACCAUCUCCGUGUGCGUGUGGAAUACACCAGCUGUGUACACAGCUGUUCUUACACAUCAGGGUAGCUUAGGCCAAGAGCAAGCACCUGACUGACCAGGUGGCAUGCGGAUGCAUAGUAUUUCACCCUGUGGGCCUCUGAGAUUGGGUUCCUCGAAAUGGCCCCUGUGCACACACCGCCCCUCUUUGUAUAUAAUCCUCAUUUUAUUUUAGGAAGAAGAACAAAAUGUUUGGGAAACCAGUUAGAGGUCUGAUGUGUACGAAAAGCUCAUAGUCUGCACCGCCUGGAUCUCCGUAUUCCAGGCUGAGCUAACUGUCUCGCUCAUAUUCAAAUCAGGAAGAAGCAUACUGUUGUCCUCAGUGCCUGUCUAAAUGCUCUGGGCACAGAGGAACGAGAGAGGGCUCUGCAGCACUGUCCCCAGUAUGACACCUUCUAGUUGUUGCUGGACUCCCUAUGAGAAAGCAUGCACCCUGGUGGUGCUCCCAGCCACUUGCCUGGGGCUAGAUCGUCCCCCAGGCCUCUCCAUGCCCUGCUCUAGAAUUACUGGCUGAAACAUAGGUUCAGGUACAGGAGUUAAGUCUGUCUGGUCCUUUUGCCAAUACAGACAGGCCUUGAAGCAUGGCUGCUGUACUCUCUCCAGUCACAAGGCCUCCUCAUACGGUUUUCAGAUGCAGUUUGCUUGGUUGUGCUCCUAUCCUUGAAGCUGUCAAAUGCCGCCUGUGUCUCUCCUCCCGCUCCCCCUGCAUGUGUUGAUGCAUGCAUGCUUGAGGCUUUCACCAGCUCGUGUGUGCAGCACAGUUGAUUGGUAAUGGACCCUCGAGGCUCAUGUAGCUGCCCUCAGAAGCGCAGGGCUCUGCACACAGCUGUGCAGAGACAAACCUGUACCGUGGUGCUGUUGAUGACCUGCAAGCUGGACUUGCAGGUGCGGAUAUUUAUCUUUCAGUUCACUUGAAAGAGUUCUGGUUUAAAGUUUUUAGCCUAAAUUUGUUUUAUUUAUUUUGUGUUUGUGUUUUGUUUUAUUUUAUUUUGAAAGUGAACCAGUACUGGCCCAACAGUUUGAACCAUCUUUUCAGUACAGAGAAUGAAGUGUCUGUCCAAGUGCAUGAAGGUCCCCAGGGAAACUGGAGGGUUGAGAUGGGAGCUGGACCCUUCCCUCCCAUGCCCAUUUUUUCAUAAGGAAUGUGUUCAUCCUUCUUUGGAGAUUAUAAACGUUGCCCGUCAGCUCCCUUUGCCUCCUUUUGAUAAAGCCAUUUUGGCUCUUUAAAGCCUGUUUUUUGUUGUUGUUGGGUUGGUUUUUUAGUUUUUUGUUUGUUUUGGUUUUUUCCCUACUAAAGCUAUGAUGUACUUCCCUCAAGAAUUUCAACAGCAAGAAAUUAGUUGCUUCCUUCUCCAAGUCCAGAGCCUGCCAUGCCUCAGAUCCACACAGGGUUUCAGUGGUAGUCCCUGUCCGUGCCUCUGGAUGCCCUGUCAGAGAGGCUGUGCCCUUCCACAGCAGAACAUGUCUGCUAGGAGGGAAGGAUCUGGUACCAACCCCUGCCCUGUGCAGAGGAAGACCAGUGGCCACCCUCCAGUUAGCCACUGUACACCCCUGGGAAACUUCAUUCCUGCCCUCAAGUGUCCUCUAUGCCCAACCAGCUGUGUUGUGUUCUGCUUGCUUUGGUUGUUUUUAAAAACCAAUUUUUCUUUACCCACACUCCCCAAAACAAUGGUCAGUGAGAGUUGGGAGAAGUUCAGAGCAAGAGAAAGUAAUCCGAGUUCCCCUAAGCCGCCCACCUUCCUCCAGGAAGAGAACCAUUUGCCAAGAACUGUGUUACCUGCCUGCACCAUCUGGCCCUCUCAGAAGUCUGCGCACUUUGGGAAUCACCGCUUGUGCUCUUGCUUAGGACCCUGAAGACUGCCAUAGCUGAGUCCAAGCCUUACGUGGGAGUCUCAAAGAGAAGGGUGGUUUUCUAGGGACCGGGAUUGUGUCCUGUCCUGUUGCCCAUAUUAGGAAAUGAUGUUUCCUCAUCAGGCUAAAGAAAUCACUGCUUUCGGGGACGGGUGUAAAUUGCCCCCCCCCCCCCGCAUUGUGGAAUCUAGUGAACUUUCUAGAGGUUGUAUCUUCUCUCAGAAAUUAAAAUCAUCUCAGUAGUUGUCAUCCCAUCUGGGUGACGUGUGCACUUUAAAUGGCCUCUCAGCUGGCUUCAUUUGUGAGACAAUCAGACCUAUUUACUGUUUUCUGGAAGUGGGAAGGCUAAAACAAGCGGCGCCAGCAAGCCCCACCCCCCACGAGAGUCUCCGGCAGGGAAGCCCUCACCAAGAUCGAUUUCUCGAAAGGUACGAACUGGAUCUUCUGGGGGUUACACCACUAACGCUGCCCUUUGCCUAGUCCCUGUCCACCCCACACUGGUUUUCUUCACAGCCUCUUGUCAGUGUGCACAGGCUUAGUACAAGGCAGAGAACCUUGGCCCCUAGGCCAGAGCCUGCCCAGAGUCGCCCAUACAGGCCUUUAAUCGGUGUCCUUCUGUCCCUGAGGCUCUCUUGCCAAGGCUUCCAGUAUUUCAUAGGACUUAAGUUGGCUCCAACCUGUGCCCAGAGGACAGUCCUGGAGAGUGUGCUUCCAUGCCUGGACACCUGAGCAUGGGUGCCCUUGGGUGAAGCAGUGACCCUGGCCAUCCCUGUGGAGACCAAGGGCACAGUGUGUUUGGCUCCUCGCUUUCUUUCACGUAGCAUAACAUUCCUAGUUAACCAGAGCUUUGGAGUCUGUUGCCUGCUGGCCAGGUUUAGAUAUGCAAAGUAUUCUAAUGCUGCCAUGAAAGGGGGGAGGGGUGGCAGCAGAGGCCUUUUCCUGCACUCACGGGAUUUAAUUUGUCAAGAGAUUGACAGGUCCUGAGUUACUGCUCCAUCUCACUAAGGUGUAAGGUGGGUGGCCCCACUGCUUGAAGUGUGCCCUGCCUCGAAACCAUGCAGGUGCCGCUGCCACAGACGCCAGAGGGCCUCUGCAGGAAGCACCGAACCCAUGCCUUAGACCCUCUAGCAUCAGCUGCCCCACCUUGGUUGCCACCUGCUGGGAUGGGCCUACCCAGCUGGUUAGUCUCAGGUUUCCUCCUGAGGCCUGGGCACUACAGAAGGUGGGCAACAUACAUCUAUACCUCUGUUCUUGUUAAGUCGUCUCCAAAUGCUGUAUGGACAUUUCUGUUCUAAGCCCUAUUAAAUAAAAGUUGGGUUAAACCCAAGCGCUGUAUAGUAAUUGUAAUUAUGUAUAAAGUGAAACAGUUUUGAACUGUAAAGAUUUUCAAUGUGUUUUCUGGAAAUUUGCCACAACAUACUGGCUUUGUAUUUUAUUUAUCACCCUUUGUAGUUACUGGCUUCAGACUCUUGUAAAGUCCCCCUCAGACCUUUCAAAAACAAUAAAUUUCCUUUGAAAUCUUGA